AUGGGACGCUUGAGAAGAGUGCUGGUGUCGGUGUGGGUGGUGGUGGUGAUCUUGUGCGGCGUGACAAGUGCCGACGAAGGCAGUGGACAAGGUGAGUCCACGUACGAAGAAUACGAUGACGAGGGCCCGUACCAGGGCGGCUACCGGGAGGCAGACUUUGACAGCCUGGAGGACUUAGCCGUCCACGAGGAUGUGCUCGAUCCGAUCACUGACGAUGACAUUUCUUACUCAGGAUACGAUUACGAAGAACAGCCGGACGACGAUGUUGCGUCGUCUGCGAGUUCCACCGUGACCGCACCCUCGACCGAUUCCGCGCUGUGGCAGCACGCGAUGCUCGGGAACGAUUCGUUUAGUGAAAUGGAAGAAAAGCAAUCCACAUUGGUGGGCGAUGGGCAAAGUACGCCACUCCCCGCUGACAACAUAGCGAAUGCCGGGCUUGACCCAACGUCUUCCACCUCACCACCGGCAGACGAAAAAAGUUGCCGUGAUCGGCAGAAACUAUCAAUUCAACCGACAUUUCUAAGUCGCAACGCUAGUGUGAUCAGAAAGUGCUGCCCACGGGAUGAGAGCUAUCAGGCGGAACACGCCAAGUACGUGUCCUGUCAGCAUAAUGCACGCAGCGCGGACUUACCCCAACCGAUAGUGGCCCGAUUCUAUCAAGACUGCAUUGAAGACCUGGAGGAGGACAUACAUCUGGAGGUGCUGGUCGGCAAUCCUUGCCCCAAUGACGGCGGCAUGGUUUCGUUCAGCGAGCGUACGAACGAUACGCUGUACAUCAUCCAAAACGGCUCGUUGCUGGUGGUCUAUGGCGGUAGCGAUUAUGAUGUGUUCGAUACGUACUGCUUGGAUUACGAUCGCGACUACGGUACGCUGAUCGGAUACGUGUGCCCCUCGGAGGUGCAUAUAUUGGUGGACCUUGUCAAGGGCCAACUAUUUAUGCUUACCAUCUGUCUGAUCGUUGCCAUACCGGCGCUGCUCGUUACCGCGGGGCUGUACAUUGUCGUGCCGAAACUGCGCGAUCUGCACGGCCGUGCGCUGGCGAUGAACUGCGCUAACUUUGCGGUAGCCCUGCUGCUGGAAUGUUUCUACCAGUAUCGAAACCGCGGUCAACGGAUGCUGAUGGAUGACAUGGUGCUGGAGAAUUGGGCGGAAAUUUUCAUACUGGCCACGUUCUUCUGGUUGCUGGUGAACUGUGCGAACAAUUGCUUUCAUGCCUGGUAUUAUGUGCCGAGAGGGAAGAAAUUCAACUCGCGGGAAGAAAAUCAACGAUUUGCGGGUUACGCAGCAUUCGCGCAGCUUUUGCCAUUGUUCAUUAUUUGGAAGUGGUCUACAACGCCCGGAGGAACUCCGGCCAUUAAGAACUAUCUGUUUUAUCCGAUCUUUGCGACCUGGACAUUGGGCUUCAUUUUUCUCCUGGUUACAUUAUUUGGGUUACGGCGCUUAAAAACGAGGUACUAUGACCGCUGUGAGAUACGGCGCCGUUUGCUGUUGCAACGGCGUAGAGAUGAACUAUGCAAAUUUCUGCCAGUUAACGGGCGCAAAGUGGACAAAGUUAUCUACAUGUCGAAGUAUACGAUACCACUGUUGCUCGUGAUGGGCAUCAUCUGGUCGGUUAUGGCGUGGACGUACUACCGGUCAUACGAGCUGCCAAUCUUCUACGACAUUCUGUUCGGCUUACAGGGCAUACUGAUGUUCGUCAUCUUCGUCUGCAUGCCACGCCCGUGGAAAGCGAUUAAGGAGUGGAGCGUUCAAAACCGCUACUGCAGGUGGAUGUGCCAAACAGGUCCGGUGCAUGAGCAAACGGUGGUAGAGCAAGCACCGAUGAUGCGACAAUUCGUACCGGUUCAGAUGGCUCCAACGCCACGUGACCUUAAUGUGGAAAUCGACAGCAAACCACACCAAUCGUCACACGAUGUUUCGGAGUUAAAACCGAUCAUUCGUAGGAAAUAUCUUCUCUCCUAUCUGGAGCAAGACUAAGGAAAAUGUUAGGUAUUGCGGUUGGCUUGUAAUUAUGAUCGGGUGUUGCCAUCAUUGCCAUUUUUCACAACACAGUACUAACAGAAUCAACUAGAUGUGGCAGGAAGUACAUCUAAUGUUGAUGGAUGCUGGUUGAUAUCGUACUGUAAUGUUGAAUUUCAUGACUAUUAGGUUAAGACAGCAACAAGUUCAUACGUGGUUAGGCAAUCGGAAGAACUACUACCAAAAGCGAUUAUUUUGUGUUUAAUC